AUGUCUGCAGCUGCCGAGCUAGAACACUUCAUCGGCUACGGGGCCAAACAUCUUGGCACGGUGUGCUACCACCCAUCGCAGGUGGAGACGCUGAUCUAUGCUGCAGCUUCGGCGAUCAUCGUCGAAGACGUAAACGAUCCUCACAAGCAAGAGUUCCUCAGGGGGCACGAUGCAGAGGUUUCAGCUCUCGACGUGUCCCUUAACGGCAAACUCUUGGCGAGUGGCCAGCUCGGUUCACCAAGCAGGAAAGGAGCAGUUGCGCCUGUGGUAGUGUGGGACUUCGACAACCGAAGCCGGUAUAUCGAUUUCCAUGGGCUAGCGCACUCGGUCCUGUGUGUCAAGUUUUCUCCAGAUGGGCGUUUCCUUGUCGCGACAGGUGCAAACCAAAUGCUGUACGUUUGGGAUGUGUCGACUGGAGAAGUUGUCUAUAAUCGAAGGACAGAAACUCCCUGCUUUCUGGGCGUUUGGGGUCCUAUACUCGAGGGGGGGCGCUAUCCAUCUUAUCAGCUCUGCACAACUUACGACAGCCAAGUGCUGUACCAUCUCAUGAGCUUCGAUAUGCGGUCGAUGUCUUACUCGCUGGGCAGCGAUGCGAUGCAAUUUCCGCCUUCUGGCCUCCAACGGAAACAUAUCUGUGGCUUGGUGGUUGCAGAUUUCCUGAUAACAGGGACCUCUGCUGGAGACAUGUGCGUCUUCAGCAUGAAGACGAAGGUUUUCCGCACAGCGCUGCCUGUAUGCAACAACGGUGUGACAGGCAUUGCUCAGUAUGGGGACCUCCUCUUCGUGGCUGGGGGUGAUGGCAGAAUAAAAGCCGUGCGUGGCCAUGACACGGAGUGGGACGUCCUUGCAGAAAAUGUUCUGGAAGCUGGAGUGAUGGCUCUGACGCCUUCUGCGGAUGGUGCUGAGUUAAUUGCUGGCACAAGGAACGGCAAGAUGUGGAGAUUGCUGUCCUCAGACCUCACGGCGACAUUACAAAGUGCCUCCCAUACCGGCGAGGUGACGGACAUCGCGUUCGGCACCAGCAGCGACAUGGUGUGCACCACAUCUGACGCUGGUGAGGUGUUUCUUCUGGACCUCUCAGAUUACAUGCCUCUCACCGCGGCCCUUGCAAAGUCACCAGUUCGAAGUGCAGUAGUUGCCAGCAAUGGGGAGAUUCUGGCUGGCUAUGACGAUGGUUAUUUGCGUGCGUGGUCCUCUGACAAGGGCGGCAGCAAGCUUCUGUGGCAGGUGAACUGUCAUAGGCAAGGAGUGACAGUGGUACGGGAAACAGCCAACUUCAUCGUAACUGGGGGUGGAGACAGCGCCGUGCGUUUCUGGCAACGGAGCUCCAGAGAACUCCUGUCGUCUUUCCAAAACCAUCGCAAGCCAGUGGCAGAUCUCGUUCUGGACCAGGUGAGUCCGCAUGUCGUUCACUCGGGAAGCGAGGACAAGCUGGUUGUGACCUAUGAUCUCAAGCAGAACAAGGCUCUUGUGCAGCACACCUCGUUAGCUGGGAACAUCACCAGUCUUUCUCAGCGGAAAGACCAUGACAAUGAGGUAGUCAGUUGUGCACAAGAUGGCAAGCUGCUGUUCUGGGAUGUGGACUAUCCUGAUCCAACAGGUUGCAUUGACAGCCCGACUGGAAUGCCCAUUCGACUGCGCUGUUGUGAAGUGUCACCGAACGGUCGUUACAUCGCAGCGGGUUGUGACGAUGCCAGGAUGUACAUUUACGACCUGGUGUCAUGCCAGUGCAUACAAGAGUGUGAAGGGCACUCAGGUGGGCUGUCACAGGUCCGCUGGAGUCCAGAUCAGAAACAGAUUAUUACAGCUGGGAAGGAUGGUUGCAUCAUUGUGUGGAAUUUCUUUGAGUUGUGA